ACAUUCCAGCGCGCUUAUCCGUCCUUCUCGUGCCUUUGACCGGGCACGUCUAAUCCUUCAAAACGGCGGUCCUAUCUCACCAGACGCGGGACAGUCUUGUCCCUCCGCAUCUUCUGGGGAUGCAGGACGUGCCGGGUCACCAUGCCGGGCCCAGCGCCCCGGGCCGCUUCGGCCACGCUUCGAAGCCCUCCAACAGCGACACGGGCUUCUCGCACGGCGCCUUCACCUCCAACAUCUCUGGCUUCGCCGAUAGGCAUCCUCGCCGUGGCAACAUUCCCACCAUUAACACGCAGCAGGUGCCGCAUCGCCAGCAGGCGCCCGCCAAUAGCGCAGACCUGACCACUCCGGGCACUGCCUUUGACAUGCAGUUCACGCCUCUGCUGCCGUCUCAGCUGCUGCUCGGCAGCCCGUUCCAGCCCGGCACCCCGGCCGCCUUCGCCAGCCCGCACUUCCAGAAUGUGAGCAACUUCCAGCAGGCCCAGCAGCAGAACCUCCAGCAGCAGCAGAACGGUCCGUCGAGCCCGGUCCAGCAGAGCAUCUCGCCCCAGAUGUACCAGUCCAUCGUGUCCCCCUCGGCCUACGGUGCGCCGCAGUUCUACACGCCCCAGUCCCCGACGGGCUCCUUCAACAACGUGACCGGCCAGAUCCAGGUUCCGAUGCAGCCGACGUCGCCUGUGUCGAUGGGCCCCGGUAUCGUCACCGGCACCAGCCGGACCGUCUACCUCGGCAACAUCCCGCCCGACACGUCCGCGGAGGAGAUCCUUGGCCACGUGCGCAGCGGCCAGAUCGAGUCGGUGCGCCUCCUCCCGGAUAAGAACUGCGCCUUCAUCUCGUUCCUGGACGCCAGCUCCGCCACUCAUUUCCACUCUGAUGCCAUCUUGAAAAAGCUCUGCAUCAAGGGCCAGGAUAUCAAGAUCGGCUGGGGCAAGCCGUCGCAGGUCCCGACCUCGGUGGCGCUUGCUGUCCAGCAAUCCGGUGCGUCUCGGAACGUCUACCUCGGGAACCUGCCCGAGGACAUCACGGAGGAAGAGCUGCGCGAGGACCUGGGCAAGUUUGGCCCCAUCGACACGGUGAAGAUUGUGCGCGAGAAGAACAUUGCUUUUGUGCACUUCCUCUCCAUUGCCAACGCCAUCAAGGCCGUUUCCCAGCUCCCCCAGGAGGCAAAGUGGCAGGCGCCCCGCCGGGUCUACUACGGCAAAGAUCGGUGUGCCUAUGUUUCCAAGACGCAGCAGCAGAACGCCGCCCAGUAUCUUGGAAUCGCCCCGGGCUACGCGCACAUGCUGACCGGCGCCGACCGUGAUCUCAUCUCGAACGCCCUGGCUCAGCAAUCGGUGGCUGCCGCUGCCGUGGCCACGACGGCGGGCGGCAUCGGCAACCUGGGGAACCGGACCAUCUACCUCGGCAACAUCCACCCGGAGACGACGAUCGAGGAGAUCUGCAACGUCGUGCGGGGUGGUCUUCUGCACCACAUCCGCUACAUCCCGGACAAGCACAUCUGCUUCGUGACCUUCAUCGACCCCACCGCUGCGGCGUCCUUCUACGCGCUCAGCAGCCUGCAGGGCCUGAUGAUCCACAACCGCCGGCUUAAGAUCGGCUGGGGCAAGCACUCGGGUGCGCUCCCCCCUGCGAUCGCGCUGGCAGUCAGCGGUGGUGCGUCGCGCAAUGUCUACAUCGGGAACCUCGACGAGACGUGGACGGAGGAUCGACUGAGGCAGGAUUUCUCCGAGUACGGCGAAAUCGAGCUGGUGAACACGCUGCGCGAGAAGAGCUGCGCAUUUGUCAACUUCACAAACAUCGCGAAUGCGAUCAAGGCUAUCGAGGCGGUCAGGGGGAAGGAGGAGUACAAGAAGUUCAAGGUGAACUUUGGCAAAGAUCGGUGCGGUAACCCGCCGCGGCAGCUGCAACAGCAGUCUCCGCGUGGCGAUCAGGCCCCGUCGCCACCUGCCAACGGGGCGAGCCAGAACGGCAACUCGCCGACUGGCCCCAACGCCGCCACUGCUGCGACGCUGUUCAACACGACCAACAACCCGCUGACCAUGUACCUGAACCACAUCGCGCAACAGGCGCAGCAGCAGCAGCAACAACAGCAGCAAGUGCUCGCUGCUCAGCAGGCUGCGCUGUUCGGAACGGCGGCGUCGUCGCCCAACGAGCCCGGUCUCACGCUGGAGGUUCCGCAGGGCCCCGUUCCGGGCCACCAGCAGUCGGCCAGCAUCUCCAACGGCUUCGUCACGAACCCGUCCACGUCGGGCGCGCCCACCAUCGGCGGCCUGCUCGCCCCGGGUAACCCGCGCGCCUCUCACAGCCGCGCCGUCAGCCUGCCGGCGUUCGCACCCGGCUUUGAGAACGGCGGCACGAGCCCCAACAGCCUCCACGGCAGCACCGGGGGCGGCGACGGCGAGCGUCGCGGCCACCAGUACCAGGCUAGCUUUGGCGGCAUGGGCGCCGGCUUCGGGCUGGCGAUUCAGGGAAAUCUGAACGGCUGGGUCGAGGAGGAGGUUGCCAACUGAGCGCCGCGUUUUUAGACCUGCCUGGUCUGAUGACGCGCGCGAAACGGCGGGCCGAAACCCGGGAACAACAGAUUUGGAAGUAUUUUUGUUGUAAUUUGGCUGUUUUUUUGGGUCAGUUCUAGCUUUGGCGCCUCUGUUCUUUUUUCUUUUGUGCCGACGCUGUUUUCUUACAAACCCACCUCGUUCCUUGUAAUAGCACUGCUUUCUCUUGUAUCAUGUUUGAGUUUUUUUUUGU